UCCUUUUCGCUGUCUCCUGUCUUCAACACAAACACACACCGCUUCCCAUCGAAGUAAUCGCCUUCCCUUGGAAUCGUCACCCUCGACCAACAUCAACAUGACUCAUCGCCAUCAAAAUCUCCUCCCAUUUUUUUCAUCUCUCAAUCCCUUGCAGAGAAACUCAGCCCCGCCAUGUCGAGUCGAAUCCCUCACCCUUCCUCACUACCUGAUAUCUCCAAAACCAAACGCUCCUUCCCAUGUAACAGCUCCACAUACUCCUCUUCCUCUUCCUAUUAUCUUUGGUUCCUUCCCAAGUUCCGAAAGAGCUCGAAGAACUUGGAGCUCACCGAAGAGAGCCUCAGCGAGCACAACCUACGGCAGGCGAAGAAGAUUUCCACCACCAGCCCCUACUACAAAGGCCUCACUGAUUCUCAGCUCUACAUCAACCGCAUUCGCAAGGGCGCCCUCAGCCCUAGCCGCGAGAGCCAUGCGACUCGAGCGACUGCCACCAGCUCCAUCUCGACCGCCUUAGUCAAGCUGGGCACUGUCUGUUUUAAAGGGAGGGGAUCUCCCAACGCUGCCCAGGAUGCUGAUGAUGCCCUUCCUCCUCGUCCGCUGCCGCUUCACAUGUCUUCUCCUCCGAAGGUCGUGGAUUCUAGGGUUUCCAGGGCUAUGGUGCAGACCGAGAUUGUGAAUUCUAUGGUUUUGGAGGAGAUCGAGGCAAAGGGAAAGGUUAGACCGGUCGAUUGGAAGCCCUUGAGGAAGAGAGUUUCAAUUGUACCGCCGAAGGGAAGUGGCGGCCAUGUCCAAGGUUUGCAGAAGGAAUUGACUGUGGAGAAGUUCACUUGGGCAAACAAGUACCGACCUAUGACUCUUAAGAAAUUCAUCUGCAACAGAGAUAAGGCAGAGUUACUUCAGAACAUGGUGGCCGAGGGAGAAUGCAGCCAUCUCAUAUUUGAAGGUUGUCCAGGAGUGGGGAAGAAAACCAUGAUUUGGGCUUUCCUAAGAGAAGCUUUUGGACCCAAUAAGUUGGAGACAAGAGAGGAGUUGAAGAAAUUUGAGUUAAAGGGAGAAGCUGAGGCCAGCAUUGAAGUAAAUGUUAGAAUAUCUUCUAAACAUGUCGAGAUCAAUCUGUCGGAAUUGCGUGGGCAUGAGAAGCAUGUCAUAGUUUCGUUGAUAGAAGAAUCAAAUGUGACAACCACAGAAUGCGAUCACACUAACUGUCGAGUGAUUGUUCUUUACCAGGCAGACAGGCUCUCCACAGAUGCCCAACAUUAUAUCCGUUGGAUUAUGGAGCGAUAUAAGGGCUGUAAUAAGAUCUUAUUUUGCUGCUCCGAUAUCUCCAGGCUUCAGCCCAUUAGACCUAUUUGCACACACAUUCACCUUUUACCACCUUCAAAAGAGGAGAUUGUUGAAGUCUUGGAGUACAUUGCCGAGCAAGAAGGUGUAGAAUUGCCUCAUCAUCUAGCGGAGAGAAUUGCAGAGAACUCCAAACAGAACCUCAGGCAGGCAAUUCGGUCAUUUGAAGCCACCCGGCAGUUAGAUUAUCCAUUUAAAGAAGACCAGGUAAUAUGGACCGGAUGGGAGGAGGAUAUUGCCAACAUUGCUAAAAAUAUUAUUGACGAGCAAAGCCCAAAGCAGCUAUACAUUAUUCGUGGCAAGCUUCAGAAUCUUAUUGAGCACAAUGUUUCACCUGAGUUUAUAUUCAGUACUUUGGUUGGAGAAUUGAAGAAGCGUUUGGAUGACCACCUCCAUCCCAAAAUCGAUUCCUUAUAUCUGGAAUAUAAUGAAGAAUCGGGUAGGAGGAAUACUGAUGCUGCGAGAAAGAAUGUUCAUCAUUUCAUGAGGAUUGAAGAAUUUACAGCGAAGUUCAUGAGCUUCUAUAAGCCCUGCGUGGAGAAGAACAGUGGAGGACUGGAUGAUUUUGAAAGUUAGGGAGGUAUUACCAAGUAUGACAAUGCUUGGUAUAUAGAUGUACAGAAACACAGUAAAUGCAUUGGAAGAGUGUCACAUGAGAUCCAUGUAUUCUAUGGUUUGAUGGUGCAACUUGUGUACAUGUAUCAUUUACAUUGUUGGCCGUUAGGAGACUAUUUUUCUUUUUCUUUUUCCAUUCUCAUUUAGAUAUGCAAUGAAAUUUUGCCUUGGGGCCUGUUUGUUUUGCCCAUUACCAUAAUAAUGUAAAGAGAAUGGGCAAUGAUUACAAAUUACUUUACCUAUCAUUUAACAAUCAUUGCAUUUAACUGCAAUGGUGACAAUUUUAUAUUGUUUGAUUUAUCUAUAUUAAAAUCGUAACGAUGACAAUUUUAUAUUA